AGGCGGGCUCCUUCCCUCCGCUUCCCUCGGUAGCCGGGCCGCCUGGAGGGUCCCGGGGGAUGCGGCCUGGAAGCGGCGGGAGGAGGGGCGCGGCGGCAAGGCAUUGCGCGGCCGCCGGGGACGGGCAGGCGGAGCGCCUGGCGAGGCUGCGCGGGGACGCGGAAAGGAGCGGCGGGCGGCGCUUGGGCUCAGCCGGCCUCGGCCACGGCGCCGCCGAGCAACCAGGCGCGCAGGCUUCUGUGGGCGCUUCGGCGGAGGAAUCCGGCCGUGGGCCGUCGCGGGAGCCCUGCGGGGCCCCCUCCCCCGUCGGCCGGCGGAGCUAUUAGAAGUGUGAGCGGAGCGCGCAGCGGGGCUCCGAGGGAAGAAAGACGGAGAGCGCGGGCAGAGUUGCAGGAGGAGGAAAAAGGGAGGACGGAGGCAGAAGGGAAGGCGGCGAGCGGAGGAAGGCAGGCAGACAGACGGACCGACCGACGGAGGAGGAGGAGAAGGAGAAGGAGGAGAAGGGGAGGCGGAGCAGUGCAGACCCGACCCCGAUGGCCGCGGAGGAAGUCACGGGCGGAGCGCGAAAGGCGACGAAAAGCAAACUUUUUGAGUUUCUGGUCCAUGGGGUGCGUCCUGGGAUGCCAUCAGGCGCUCGCAUGCCCCACCAGGGGGCUCCAAUGGGUCCCCCAGGCCCCCCAUACGUCGGGAGCCCUUCCGUGCGCCCCGGGAUGCCCCAGGCCGUGAUGGAGCCCACGCGCAAGCGGGCAGCGCCCCAGCAGGCGCAGCAGCAGCAGGCGGCGCAGCAACAAGCGCAGCAGCAGCAGCAGGCGGGGGCCGCCACGCAGAACCGGCCCAGGAGCGCCAAGAGGAGGAAGAUGGCUGACAAGAUUCUCCCACAGAGGAUCCGGGAGCUGGUGCCAGAGUCUCAGGCCUACAUGGACCUGCUGGCUUUUGAGCGGAAGCUGGACCAGACCAUUAUGCGGAAGCGAGUGGACAUCCAGGAGGCCCUGAAGAGGCCCAUGAAGCAAAAGCGGAAGCUGCGCCUUUACAUCUCCAACACCUUCAACCCGGCCAAGUCGGACGCAGACGACUCAGACGGCAGCAUCGCCUCGUGGGAGCUGCGGGUGGAAGGCAAACUGCUGGACGAUCUCAGCAAGCAGAAAAGAAAGUUUUCCUCUUUCUUCAAGAGUUUGGUCAUCGAACUGGACAAGGACCUGUAUGGACCAGACAAUCACCUGGUGGAGCUGCUGCACACUGGGUCGAAAUCUCCAUCAAGCUAUCCACUCAGAACCAAGUGGCACAGGACUCCCACCACCCAGGAGACGGACGGCUUCCAGGUGAAGAGGCCGGGGGACGUCAGCGUGCGCUGCACCCUGCUGCUCAUGCUGGACUACCAGCCCCCCCAGUUCAAGCUGGACCCCCGCCUCGCCCGCCUCUUGGGGAUCCACACGCAGACACGCUCGGCCAUCAUCCAAGCCCUCUGGCAGUACAUCAAGACCAACAAGCUGCAGGACUCCCACGACAAGGAGUACAUCAACUGCGACAAGUACUUCCAGCAGAUCUUUGACUGCCCACGGCUAAAGUUUUCCGAAAUCCCACAGAGGCUGACGAACUUAUUGCUGCCGCCAGAUCCUAUUGUCAUCAACCACAUCAUCAGUGUGGACCCCAAUGACCAGAAGAAGACCGCCUGCUAUGACAUUGACGUGGAAGUGGAGGACCCCUUGAAAGGGCAGAUGAGCGGCUUCCUCCUCUCGACAGCAAACCAGCAGGAGAUCACAGCCCUGGACAACAAGAUUCACGAGACAAUCGAAUCCAUCAACCAGCUGAAGAUACAGAGGGAUUUUAUGCUCAGCUUCUCCAAAGAUCCCAAAGGGUACAUCCAAGAUCUCCUCCGAUCCCAGAGCAGGGAUCUCAAGGUGAUGACCGAUGUGGUGGGGAAUCCCGAGGAGGAGCGGAGGGCAGAGUUUUACCACGAGCCGUGGUCCCAGGAGGCCGUGAGCAGGUACUUCUACUGCAAGAUCCAGCAGCGUCGUCAGGAGUUGGAGCAGUCUCUGGGGGUGCGUAACACCUAAGCAGGGGUCCCCGGCCUGGUUGGCCGGCCCCUGAGCCAGCGGACUGAGCCGUGUCGCCCCCCCCAUCCCACAGGGGGUGGGCCUCCUUCACGACUGGCCAAGGAGGGAGGUCUGACAUGCACCACGACCAGCGACACCAAUCUCUGGCCAGCUUUCGAGUGUGUUUUGCCCCACCCACAUCCUCCUCUUCCUCUUCCUGCGGCUGCUGAGACCCUACAAGGGCCGGAAGGUGGCGGGUCUCCCCUCACGUCACUCAUGCCGAUCAUCGGAUGCUGGAGAAUGAAGGACACCCCCUCCCCAAGCACACAGGGCUUAAGACUUGGAAGGGGAGGAAGAGCCCAAUGGAUUGGCCAGAGGCUCCUAAAUCUCUCUCUGUGUGUCUCUCCCCCCCUCUCUCCCUCCCUCCCUCCUUUCCUCCAGGGGUGCCAACUUGAAUAAAAUAUUGGGGGACCCAACGAAGCCCCACCUCACAUAACUGAUCACAAAUCAUGGCCCAUGCACACUAUUUGAAGGGCAAUGCCCAUUAACCUUGGGGGGCCCUCUAGGGACCUUGGCCCCUAGGAGUCGGCUCUUAUGCCUGCCUCCUUCCUUCCUUCCUUCCUUCCUUCCUUCCUUCCUUCCUUCCUUCCUUCCUUCCUUCCUUCCUUCCUUCCUUCCUUCCUUCCUUCCUUCCUUCCUUCCUUCCUUCCUUCCUUCCUUCCUUCCCUCCCUCCCUC